GUGAAGCCCUGUAAAGAUGUGUAUAGUCUGGGCUGCCGCCAUAUCACUGGGGGAACAAUACACAAUUAACAAUAGACGUCAGUCAAUAUACAUCUUGAAAAGAAGUAAUUAUUCUUGAUGGAAAAAAAGUCAUCGAAAAUAACCAGGUUGUUGAAUAUGCAAAUUAAUUAGAAUGCAAAAAAAGGAAGAAGAGGACCAAAGAUUGGGUGAACUAUACACAACAGCAAAAGCUGAAAUUGAAGGCGAAUUAUGGACUCCAAAGUUCACUGAUUCACCACUUGAAGAAUCCACUUUCGUGGACAGUACACUAGAGGAUGAAGAUGUAGAGCGAGGCUCGGACAUAGUGGACAUAACUCUAAAGACCAGUUCUGUGCCAGACAGUGACUCGAUUUCACAGCUCAGCGCAUCGCUUACAGAUUCUGCUUCAGAUUUUGAGGUGUCUUUGGAGUAUCCGCAAGCUCAGUUCGCACUGACUUGCGCCGUUUGUGAUUCUCCAUCAGAGCUUUUCUGUGACGUUUGUAAGGUGCGUAUUUGCAAACUCUGUGUCACCGAACAUCUCAAGAAUAAAUCGACAAAACACAAUGUGGUCGCUUACAACGAAAGAUCUGGAUGUAAGCCUUAUUGCCAUAAGCACCAAAGUACAGAGAGUACAUACCGCUGCAAUAAAUGUGCAGUGUGCAUCUGCAACGAUUGCAGCAAUAUGUUUCAUAUGCUACAUGAAAAAGUUCUUAUAGAAGAACUACUGGAGAGUCAGACUACAAAACUGUUACAGACUUCGAUCGAGUUGAAAUCUGUGUUAAAACCUGCUUAUCUUCAAAAGAUAGACAAUGUUAAAUUAAAAUUAAGCAAUGCAGUAAAAUUGUAUGAUGCCAUCGAUAAAGAUAUUUCCUUAUGCGGCGAGAAAUUACAUAGAGAAGUUGACUUCGCCAUGGAGUCUUUGAAGUCUGAGGCAAGAAAAUAUAAACACGAUCAUCUUACUGAACUUGAGCACGAGAUCUUAAUUUUGGAAACCAGAUUGAAGAAUGUUGACGAAGCUCUGAAGAAAUGUGAACAAGUUUUGACAACUCCUAGGGAAUUAGCAGAGUAUUGUCCAAACAUAAAACCCCUAAAGACAAUACCUGAAAUGACAAAUUUUGAAAUGCCUAUUUUCACACCUGGCAAGGCAAAUAUUACCAAAUCAGAUGUUGGUCAUUUGUCCAGUUUAGUAAAAUCAACAUGUCCAUCUGCAGAAAUCAAAGGAAAAUCUCCGAAGAAAUCCAAGAAACUAAAGAGAAAACCUACCCUUGAAGUUUCAAUUGCUGUGGGGGAGAGGUAUGUGUACGACGUUGCCUGUGCUUCAGAAUCUUCUGUAUGGAUGUGUGGAGCAGGUCUCAUUUACUACGACAACAACGUACGGCUGCUGGAGAAAGACGGGAAUAACACAGAGACUUUAGAAUGUCCGAUGAAUCCAAAAUAUGUUGCCUUGAAGUCACCAACGUGUGUUCUAUUUAGUGACCAUACUGACAACACUGUCAAACUCUGGUCACGAGAAGUACAGAAGGUUUUGAUCACGACCGAGGACUGGACCCCAAAAGGACUGGUGGUCACGUUAUCUAAUGACGUCAUCGUCUGCCAAUAUAAGAAAACUGAGGCGGCUGUGUCAACUGCAGCGUUGUCAAGAGUCGUGAGAUACGAUGACAAAGGCUCGGUGAUUCGAAAAAUGGAAUUCAAUGGAGAUAAACGAAUAUUUCGAAAUGCUAUCUUCAUUGCAGAAAACAGAAACUUUGAUAUUUGUGUAUCUGAUGAAGAAAAACAUUCUGUUGUCGUUAUGGACAAACUGGGCAAAAUGCAGUUUGUCUACAAAGGCAACAUCAAAUCAGGCAAGUAUCAAAGUUUUAACCCAAGGGGCAUCAGCACGGACAGUCAAUGCAAUAUCCUGGUUUCGGACUAUUUGAACUAUACGAUCCACGUCAUUGAUCAGCAAGGGAAGUUCCUUAGCUACUUGCUGAGAAGGGAAGUGAAGUUUCCAUUGGGUCUCUCUGUCGACAAAAACGAUAAAGUUUGGGUUGGCGAAUAUUCAAAUGGAACAAUAAGUGUCAUCGAAUAUUUGUCGUAGAGAAG